AUGGUCUUCGCCUCCGCCCUCGUUUCGCUCCUCCUCGCCGCCGCCGCCCUCGCGGUUCCGCGUAGCAACAUCGAAGGCCGCCAGGCCCGCCGCCGCAUGUCCGGCCCGCGUCUUACGUCUCAAGGCCCCGCGGCGGCGAACCAGAUCUCCAACGCGACCUCGCACGUGGCAUUCAGCACGAACUGGGCGGGUGCCAGUCUCGAGAGUCCCUCGGGCACGUACACCUCCGUCACCGGCACCUUCACCGUCCCUACCCCUAAGUCCCCCGUGGCUCGGGCAGCUUCGCUGCCUCGGCGUGGGUCGGCAUUGACGGCGACACCUGCUCAAGCGCGAUCAUGCAGACCGGCAUCGACUUCAACAUCGACAACGGCGUUGUCUCCUAUGAUGGUGCAUUUUCUGCCCUGGUACGAGUACUACCCCGCGUUUGCCAGCGACUUCUCCGGCUUCUCCGUCAGCGCUGGUGACGUGAUCACUCUCGUUGCGACCAAGUCCUCCACGACCUCCGGCAGCGUCUCGAUCACCAACGAGUCCACCGGCAAGACCGUGUCCAAGUCGCUCACCGGCAGCGCCACGCUCUGUGGCCAAAACGCGGAGUGGAUCGUUGAGGACUUUGAGGAGGGUAACGCUCUCGUGCCGUUCGCCAACUUCGGCACUGUCACGUUCACCAAUGCCAAGGCCACUCUCGCGUCGGGUGGAACCGUCGGACCGAGUGGCGCGCAGCUGCUCGACAUCGAGCAAACAGCGUCCUCACCUCCGUUAGCGCGACCACGAGCUCUGUGACUUUAAAUACGUUUGAGUGACGAGACACAGCGAUGGGUAUGUAGAAUUUUGUGUUCAUCGAAAUAU